UCAGGCUCGACUGGGCCGGACCCCUUCCCCUCUUCCCUCGGCGCCGUCGGCCGCCUUCCCCGCCGCCUCCCGCCCCUGCGACCCCGCCGCCUGUCGCGACAUGGCCGGCGCGGCGCCCCCGCCCCCGCGCGGCCCUGGCGCUCGCAGUCCGCCGGGCGGUGCGCGGCCCCCUCACGCCCGCCUCCCUCCUCCACGCCCCUCAGCCGCGCCCGGGGGUCCUCCCGCGACCCCGGCCCCGCGCGGCGUCCGCGUCGGGCCCCCGUGGGGUGUGAGGGUGCGAGGUGCCCGCCCCUCUCCGCGUCGGUAUUGGCUCCUCGCUGGAAGGAUGGAGGCGCCCCUGGCCGCAGGUGCCCGCCCUCUCGGGGCUCAGGCUGGAAAUGCCCAUCUCUGCGUAGAGGAGGCUUGUCAGAGGGCUUAGGUGUCCCUGAGUCUGCAGCACCGCCGCACCUGACCUGUAA